AUGUCUACCAGAAGGUGUUUGAUUCUACUGGCCUGCUCCUGGACUCUCUUGCAGAGUGUCCUGGCUGUCCCAGAUGUGGCAUUAGAGCAGCCUGGCCUUGAGGAUCGUCGUCGAGAAGAGCGUAACUUUGGUUUGCAGGAGCGCCACAACCAUCCUGAUCUUGAGAGCUCGCUGCUUUCUGUUUUGACCGAGGAGUUAGCUACGACACAUGCUCCUCCAAAGCCUGAGACCACUCCAGGAGGUGGAGGUGGUGGUACAGUCCCUGGCGGCGGAGGCGGUACUACGGUCCCUGGCGGUGGAGGUGGUACAGUUCCAGGCGGCGGAGGUGGUACUACGGUCCCUGGCGGCGGAGGUGGUACUACAGUCCCUGGCACAGUCCCUGGCGGCGGAGGCGGUACUACGGUCCCUGGCGGUGGAGGUGGUACAGUUCCAGGCGGUGGAGGUGGCACAGUCCCUGGCGGUGGAGGUGGUACUACGGUCCCUGGCGGCGGAGGUGGUACUACAGUCCCUGGCACAGUCCCUGGCGGCGGAGGCGGUACCACGGUCCCUGGCGGAGGAGGUGAGACUACAGUGCCUGGUACAGUCCCCGGCGGCGGAGGUAAGCAAACCACAGCCUCAUUUUCUGGAAGCACUCUUCUUACUCACCCUGGUACUCAAGUCGGUACUUCACCCACUGGCGGCGGAGGUACUACUAGCUCAAUAACAGGACCUGCUCCAACUACCAGCAAUUGGAAUUCCCCAGCCGUCUCCCCUGAAGUAGUCGCUACAACUGCUAACACUGUUCAGCCUCCUACCUCUACUACUGAGCCAGGAACCAGCCACACAUCUCCCACUGGUGGCGGUAGUGUACCUCCUUCCCCACCCCCCACCACUGCAGGACCACCGAUUUGCCCUCCUCCCCCACCCCUCACCACUGCAGGACCACCGAUCUGCCCUCCUCCUUCCACAUCUAAGGAGACCACCGUCGUCCCAGUAACGGUCACUUGUCCUGCCGUCAUAGUGAGCACUGCCACUGUCACUGUCACAUCUGGGGCGGGCUUGGGCCCGGGAACAGAGUGCUGUCCUUGCCCUACUGGAGGAGGUGCUGGAGGAGGAGGCCCCGGGGGAGGUCCCAGUGGAGGCGCUGGCGGAGGUGCUGGCGGAGGUGGUGCGGGAGGUGGCGGAGUCCCCCCAGCUGGCACCACAACAGCCCCGGGGACUACAUCUGGAGCAGGCCCCCCACCUAGCACUGCGACAGCCCCAGGAACUACCUCAAGCGUAGUAUCCUCAAGUGGCAGUAGCGUAACAGCCUCAUCCACCAGAACCCAAACCAAUACCCAGACCCAGACCUUGACUCAGACCCGAACAUCGACGCCGCUCGUACCGAGCAGCACGAGACAGCGUACCAUCAUUACAGGAUCACCCACAACACCAGCCACCCUCGUGACUUUGCCUACGUCAACACCUCCAGUUGUAUCUCCCUCAACGCCGGGUUCGCGUGUCACCCCACGAGCAAUUAUCAACCCUGAUGUUGUUCGCCGACAGAUAUUUAGCAACACGACGGCUACAGCCCACUUCACUAAUUCGACUAUCAUCUCGAAUACCACGACCAGUGCAGUAAACCUCACCCGUGUUGUGACAGAGACUGCCACCGAGCCUGCGCCUGCUUUCCUGCCCCGCUUUCAUCGUGGACGCAAUCGUGUUUAG